AUGGGAACGAGGCCGGGACAGGAGGCAGGGAGCCGGGCCCCCAGGGACGAGGAGGCCGGGGAGAUCAUAAACACCUGCACUACUGGAGAUCAUAAACACCUGCACUACUGGUUCGUGGAGUCCCAGUUGAACCCCGCCAAAGACCCGGUGGUUCUGUGGCUGAACGGGGGCCCCGGCUGCAGCUCUCUGGACGGGAUGCUGACCGAACACGGGCCCUUCCUGAUCCAGGAUGAUGGCGUGUCCCUGGAGUACAACCCCUACUCCUGGAAUAAAAUUUCCAACAUGCUGUACUUGGAGUCACCAGCAGGGGUCGGCUUUUCUUAUUCCGAAGAUAAAAACUACAUCACCAACGACACAGAGGUGUCCAUGAACAACUACCUGGCCUUGAAGCAGUUCUUCAAGCUCUUCCCCGAGUACAGCAAGAACCAGCUGUUCCUGACGGGAGAGAGCUACGCAGGGAUCUACAUCCCCACCCUGGCGGAGAGGGUGAUGGAGGACCCCGCGUUCAACCUCCAGGGUAUCGCCGUUGGCAACGGGAUGGCCAGCUACGAGCUGAACGACAACUCCCUGGUGUACUUUGCGUACUACCACGGUCUCCUAGGCAACCAGCUCUGGGCCCAACUGCAGACUUUCUGCUGUAGUAAGGGAAAAUGUGACUUCUACAACAACCACAACGUCAACUGCUCCAAGAACCUGGAGGAGGUGCAGACCAUCGUGUACGGCUCAGGCCUGAACAUGUACAACCUGUACGCCCCCUGUCCGGGGGGCGUUGGCCAGAGGUUGGGGAUGGAUGGCGGUAGUCUGGUACUCAGAGACCUGGGGAACAGCUUCACCAGACACCCCGCGACACAGCGGUUGAACCAGAAGCUGCGUGGUGUAGCGUCUCUCUUCAAGAAUGUCCGGCUGGACCCACCCUGCACCAACUCCACCCCCUCCACCCUCUACCUCAACAACGUCUACGUCAGGGCGGCUCUGCACAUCAGUCCUGCCGCACUGCCCUGGGUCAUCUGCAGCUCGGAGGUGAACCUCAACUAUGGGCGUGUAUACGUCGAAGUCAGUAAGCAGUACCUGAAGCUACUGGGAGCCCUGGUAUAUCGUGUCCUGGUGUACAACGGUGACGUCGACAUGGCCUGUAACUUCAUGGGAGACGAGUGGUUCGUGGAGUCGCUGCAGCAGAAGGUGGAGGUACAGCGGAGGACCUGGACCUACCAGGACAAGGAGGGGCUGCAGGUGGGCGGUUUCGUUAAGGAGUUCAGCAACCUCGCCUUCCUCACCGUCAAGGGCUCGGGUCACAUGGUCCCUGCUGAUAAGCCUGCGGCUGCCUACACCAUGUUCUCCCGCUUCCUACUGAGACAACCCUUCUGACCGGACCUAGGGGCCGGACGUGACCACAAACUGAUCAAUACACUGCAUGAAAUGAGGCGAUCACUGACACUGAAUGUCUCCCAAGCUCCGAUUGUCUUCCUGUUUCUUGUUUUCUGUAUAUGUCAAUUAAAAAAAUUACGAAAAUAA